CUUCCCUUCCACUCACCUGAAAAAAAUCCAAAAACCAAAAAAAAACCACAGAGAGGUCGCUGCAAAAUUCCAAAUCUCUCUGUCUCUCUGUCCCUCCAGAUUUGAAUCCAAGUUUUUGAGAUCUGAGAAGAUGUCUACGUUUAGCGGCGAUGAAACUGCUCCGUUCUUCGGCUUCCUUGGCGCCGCAGCCGCUCUCGUCUUCUCCUGUAUGGGAGCUGCUUAUGGGACAGCAAAGAGUGGUGUUGGUGUGGCUUCAAUGGGAGUGAUGAGACCUGAGUUGGUUAUGAAGUCUAUUGUCCCUGUGGUUAUGGCUGGUGUUUUGGGUAUUUAUGGACUCAUUAUUGCUGUUAUCAUCAGUACCGGUAUCAAUCCCAAGGCUAAGUCUUACUACCUCUUUGAUGGCUAUGCACACCUUUCUUCUGGUCUUGCUUGUGGUCUUGCUGGUCUCUCUGCUGGUAUGGCCAUUGGUAUUGUCGGAGAUGCGGGCGUUAGGGCAAAUGCUCAGCAACCUAAGCUCUUUGUUGGGAUGAUUCUUAUCCUCAUCUUUGCGGAAGCACUUGCUCUUUACGGCCUCAUUGUAGGCAUUAUCUUAUCUUCUCGAGCUGGUCAGUCCAGAGCAGAAUGAGGAACCAAAACAAAUGUCAGAAACGAAAAUGUAAGUACGGAUUCUCUGGCACGCCAAGCGCGUACAUAUCCGUCACAAGCUUUGUUUGUAGAUUCUUUUCCUUCCAAUUGACUCAUAUGAGCUGAUCUUUUGUUGUAAAAAAAUAAGAAAAAAAUAAUAAAAAAUAAAUUAUAUAUUAAUCUUUCUAA